UGGGCAUCUAGCAUCCCAGCCCCUCACCUGGAACUCGUCCUCCAGCACCACCAUCUGCCGGUCUUUGUCCACUUUCACUGGGGAGGGAUGGAACACAGAUUACAGACCCCUUCCCAUCCCAGGGGACACCAGCCCAGCCUUCCCUGCCUUGCCCACCCCCAGACCCGGUGCCACCCUUCACAGGGCAGAGGUCACUAACUUAUGAUGGCGGCAUUGUUGGUCUCUUUUCGGAAACGGAAUUUCCUCAAUGUUUCCUUUAGCUCCGGGUCCACUUCACACACCACCAGGGAGUCAGACUGCCAAUAGGACAGGGAAGAGCUGAGCCGGCUUCUAACCUGGCCCCUUUCCUGACUUGGUGUCUUUGUAAAUCAAUAAAGACGCUGAAGCUAGCCCAUAUGAGAGGACUUUGGCAAACACUGGGUAGGGGGCAGUUACCAAGAUACACAGUUCAGCUCUGAGGUAUACACAGAGGUCAGGUUCCACCUUCCUGGAGGGUUCUCUUGGAUUACUCCAGAAGACCUAAGGAUCUGCUUGCCUGGGGCCACCACCUCUAUGACCAAGCUUGGUCCCAGCUGGGUCCCUUCCCUUCCUGUCUGUGACCUUCAUCUCCCAGAUGACCUCUAUUCAGGAGCCUGGAGAGGUGUGGCUGGACCAAGACCUCCCCUGAUGUAAGCAGGCUCCCUCCUCCCCCCACCACCCGUUGCCACCACGCCAGGGGACAUCCUCAAGCCCUGGCCCUUAGGGGAGAGGUAACAGGAGCCCAGAGCCGAGACCAUGUGACGGCGCUGGCCCUUGCCACCGCCGUCCCCCAACCCUGGCCCCAGGCCUGGCACCAUGAUGUUCCGAGACCAAGUGGGCAUCCUCGCUAGCUGGUUCAAGGGCUGGAAUGAGUGUGAACAGACAGUGGCCCUGCUGUCACUUCUGAAGCGGGUCACCCGUACCCAAGCCCGCUUUCUGCAGCUCUGCCUGGAGCACUCACUGGCGGACUGCAAUGAUAUCCACCUGCUGGAGUCAGAGGCCAACAGUGCUGCCAUCGUCAGCCAGUGGCAACAGGAGUCCAAAGAGAAGGUGGUGUCCCUCUUGCUGUCCCAUCUGCCCCUGCUCCAGCCAGGCAACACGGAGGCCAAGUCCGAGUACAUGAGACUACUGCAGAAAGUGCUGGCCUACUCCAUCGAGAGCAAUGCCUUCAUUGAGGAGAGCCGCCAGCUCCUCUCCUAUGCCCUCAUCCACCCCGCCACCACACUGGAGGACCGCAAUGCGCUAGCCCUCUGGCUGAGCCACCUGGAAGAGAGGCUAGCUAGUGGUUUCCGCACCCGGCCAGAGCCCUCCUACCAUUCACGCCAAGGCUCAGAUGAAUGGGGCGGACCUGCAGAGCUGGCCCCUGGAGAGGCAGGGCCAGGCUGGCAGGACAAGCCACCCCGGGAAAACGGACACGUACCCUUUCACCCAUCCAGCUCUGUGCCGCCAGCCAUCAACAGUAUUGGGAGCAAUGCAAACACAGGUCUCCCCUGCCAAAUCCACCCUAGCCCACUGAAGCGCUCCAUGUCACUCAUCCCUACAAGCCCACAGGCCCCUGGUGAGUGGCCGAGUCCAGAGGAGCUUGGGGCCCGGGCUGCUUUCACCACGCCCGACCACGCACCCCUCUCGCCACAGAGCAGUGUGGCCUCCUCUGGCAGUGAGCAGACGGAGGAGCAGGGCUCCAGCCGGAACACUUUCCAGGAGGAUGGCAGCGGGAUGAAAGAUGUGCCCUCAUGGCUCAAGAGCCUCCGCUUGCACAAGUAUGCUGCUCUGUUCUCUCAGAUGAGCUAUGAAGAGAUGAUGACCCUAACUGAGCAGCACCUAGAGUCGCAGAAUGUCACCAAAGGUGCCCGGCACAAGAUAGCCCUGAGCAUCCAGAAGCUGCGUGAGAGACAGAGCGUCCUCAAGUCCCUAGAGAAGGAUGUGCUGGAAGGUGGCAAUCUGCGGAAUGCUCUGCAGGAACUGCAGCAGAUCAUCAUCACUCCUAUCAAGGCCUACAGUGUCCUUCAGGCUACCCCUACUGCCAAGGAUGGGGGUCGGGGGGAGCCGCUGCUGCCAGGUGCUGAGCCUCCCCUCACCCACCCUGGAUCAGACAAGGGCACUGAGGCCAAGGACCCUCCAGCUGCAGAGAACUAUCCUCCUCCACCAGCUCCAGCCCCCUCUGAUAGCAGUGAGCCAGCCCCAGCUCCCGUCGCCGACGGAGACAUCCCCAGCCAGUUUACACGGGUGAUGGGCAAAGUAUGCACCCAGCUGCUGGUGUCCCGACCAGACGAGGAGAACAUCACCAGUUACCUCCAGCUCAUCGAAAAGUGCCUGACUCAUGAGGCUUUUACAGAGACACAGAAGAAGCGGCUGCUGUCCUGGAAGCAGCAAGUGCUGAAACUCCUCCGGACAUUCCCUCGAAAAGCUGCACUGGACAUGCAGAGCUACCGGCAGCAGAAGGGCUGGGCAUUUGGCUCCAACUCGCUCCCCAUAGCUGGCUCUGUGGGGAUGGGUGUGGCCCGGCGGACCCAGCGGCAGUUCCCAAUGCCUCCUCGGGCAUUACCACCUGGCAGGAUGGGCCUCCUGAGCCCUUCAGGCAUUGGGGGUGUCUCUCCUCGACAUGCCCUUACCAGCCCCAGUCUUGGGGGUCAGGGCCGACAGAACCUGUGGUUUGCCAAUCCUGGAGGCAGCAACAGCAUGCCCAGCCAGAGCCGCAGCUCUGUGCAGCGCACUCACUCGCUCCCAGUUCACUCGUCACCCCAGGCUAUUCUCAUGUUCCCUCCAGACUGCCCGGUACCUGGGCCUGACCUGGAGAUCAAUCCCACUUUGGAGUCUCUGUGUCUGAGCAUGACAGAACACGCCUUGGGUGAUGGGACAGACAAAACCUCCACCAUCUGACGGGACCCACAGCCCAGCGCACCCAUAGGCUCCCUGGGCGGCGGGCGGGGGUCAUCCCCCAGCAGGCUUCUCCUCGGCAGCGAGAGGGUGGGCUGGCGCAGCUAUACAUUCUGAUAUUUUUCUACUCA